AAAAAAAAAAAAAAAAAAAAGAGAUUAACCCCAAACAAAGGAAAAAAAAAACCUAGCCGCUUUGAAAAUGUCGAAACGAUUUGCACCACCGCCUAAACCGCUAGUAAAGCAACAUUCAUGGUCGCCAGACGCAGAUAGAGAAGAAGCUUGGCUAAAGAAAAAGGGAAAACGGCCAUCGGGGCGACUUGGUAGGAGUAAAAGCGUGUCGGACGAAGAUCUUGAAGAGCUCAAGGGAUGUAUCGAGCUUGGAUUCGGAUUCGAGCCGGAUUCGCCUGAUUUAGAUCCGAGACUAUCUGAAACUCUACCAGCUCUUGGUUUAUAUUGCGCCGUUAAUAAACAGUAUAGUAACAGAUUGUCACGAACAUCGUCUCUUUCGUCGAUCGCAUCGGAAGGUGAAGUCAGCAAUUCGAGCACGACGAUCGUUGAUCAAGGUGAUGAUCCGGAGACGAUGAAGCUGAGGUUGAAGCAAUGGGCUCAGGUGGUUGCUUGUUCGGUGCGACAAUUCUCCGGCGAACCAAAUUGAUGUUUUCCAAUUAUGAUUAAAUGAAUUUACUUCUACCAUUAAAUGAAAUUAUUAUCGCUUGUUUGUUCUGAUGUGAUGUACAGAGGAAUGGCAAUUUUGUAAUAUAGAUAUAUGAUUUUAGAAAUUCAAAUUUUAGAAGCUAAUAUGGUUAACCAAAAUUAUAAUUUUACUUCUUUCUCCAGUAUGUUUUUUUGUUUGCUAAUCAUAUUGUGUGUGUGUGGUAAGAGCCGAUUAAUGUGGUACUAUGUUAUAUGAAUUGUGAA